AAAAAAGGAAGAAAAGGAAAAUAAAAAGAUCCCCAAAAGAAGACACAGACCUCUCUCCCCCGCUAGGGCGAAUACUCCCAUCCCCAAUCGAAGCAACAAACAAAGCCCCCCCCCUCUCUCAAUCAUUUACCUCAAUCUCAUUCUCUCUUAUCCUCGGACUCUUUCGAUCGAUGGCCGAUUCAUCGCCUACCAAAUCAGACCUCUGAUCUCCCGCCACCUAUCCCCUCCGAUCUCGCCGGAAAACUCCAUUUAAAGAUGAACGGAAAGGCAGCGGAGGAUGGAGCCGCCGCCGCCGUCGCCGGCGCUGGAGUGGAAAUUCUCGCAGGUCUUCGGCGAGAGGACGGCCGGCGAGGAGGUUCAAGAAGUUGACAUUAUUUCAGCUAUAGAAUUUGACAAAUCUGGAGAUCAUCUUGCUACUGGAGAUAGAGGAGGACGUGUAGUUUUAUUUGAAAGGACAGAUGUUAAGGAUCAUGGUUCUCGAAGGGAACAAGAAAAGUCAGAUUAUCCAAUCAGGCAUCCAGAAUUCCGUUAUAAAACAGAAUUCCAAAGCCAUGAACCUGAGUUCGAUUACCUUAAAAGUUUGGAAAUAGAAGAGAAGAUAAAUAAGAUCCGUUGGUGCCAGACAGCAAAUGGUGCACUCUUUCUCCUCUCCACAAAUGACAAAACAAUCAAAUACUGGAAGGUGCAAGAGAAGAAAGUGAAGAGAGUUUCUGAGGUGAAUGUGGACCCUUCACAAGGAAAUGGCAGCAUGGGUAGCCCUAGCACAUCUAAUUCUAGAGGACAUCUUCCAAAUGGUGGAUGUUUGGAAAGGCCAUCCGGUUAUUUGAGCAAUGACUUCUCAUUUCCUCCUGGAGGAUUUCCAUCUUUGCGGUUACCUGUGGUAGUAGCCAGCCAGGAGACAAGCCUUGCUGCUAGAUGUCGAAGAAUAUAUGCUCAUGCUCAUGAUUAUCACAUCAAUUCCAUUUCGAAUAACAGUGAUGGUGAGACUUUCAUAUCAGCUGAUGAUUUGCGGAUUAACCUUUGGAAUUUGGAAAUUAGCAACCAGAGUUUCAACAUUGUUGAUGUGAAGCCUGCAAAUAUGGAGGAUCUAACUGAGGUGAUAACAUCCGCAGAAUUCCACCCUACCCAUUGUAAUACAUUAGCAUAUAGUAGCUCUAAGGGCUCAAUACGGCUUAUUGAUUUGCGGCAAUCAGCCUUGUGCGAUAACCACUCUAAGCUGUUUGAAGAGCAUGAAGCCCCGGGUUCAAGAUCAUUUUUUACUGAGAUCAUUGCUUCAAUUUCAGAUAUUAAAUUUGGGAAGGAUGGGAGACACAUUCUGAGCCGUGAUUACAUGACUCUUAAGCUGUGGGACAUAAACAUGGACAGUGGUCCGGUUGCAACGUUCCAAGUCCAUGAAUAUUUAAGGCCUAGGCUAUGUGAUUUAUAUGAAAAUGAUUCAAUUUUCGACAAAUUUGAAUGCUGUCUUAGUGGAGAUGGACAGAGAGUAGCCACUGGUUCAUAUAGCAAUCUUUUUCGUGUAUUUGGUUGUGCUGCUGGAAGCACUGAGGCAACAACUUUGGAAGCAAGCAAAAAUCCUAUGAGGAGACAAGUUCAGACACCUUCAAGACCUGCAAGAUCUUUGACCAGUCUAACACGGGUUGUCAGAAGAGGGGGAGCUGAAAGCCCAGGACUGGAUGCGAAUGGAAACUCAUAUGACUUCUCUACCAAAUUACUCCAUUUGGCAUGGCACCCAACAGAGAACUCAAUUGCCUGUGCUGCUGCAAACAGUUUGUACAUGUAUUAUGCAUAGAUUUGAUGGGCAUGGGGAGAUGUUUCACUUGACAAGAAUUCUUUUAAUCUUUUCUUUUGGGGAGGUUACUUUUGGUGAAAGCUGUUAGCUUUACAUGCAACCAAGAAGAAUCUGGAGGAGGGUAUCAUAGGCUGAGUUACACGUGUUUCAUAUCGGGGGGCCAGAGCAGGUUGCCAGAAAAUCCAAGAGGAAGUUAAUUUGUCUUUUGUUCCCGGGAGAGCAGCCGAGUUCUGAUUCUUUUUCAGAAAAGACCCACUUAUUACCUUUCUUCUUCUUCUGGUCCCGUUAUGCGCUUGUAGCUCUUCUUCAAAGAAAACCAGGGAGGCUUUUUAAGAGGCCUGUGUCUAAGAUACCAACAAGCACCCAGCAUGAAAAUGUGGGAUUUGUAUUUGUUGUUAGGUUAUGCAUUUUGAGGCUUGUGAAUGUUGUUAUAAUUAUUAUUUUCCAUUUCUUCUGUGCUAACUAACCCUAUUCCCUUAUUUAAAGAGUUGUUAGCCUCUUGUUCUUGAGCCUUUUGAAUAAUGAAUAGCUAAUCAUUAGCUUUGCCUGUG